GUCUACGUCACGGCCAGCUCCCCGGAUGCGGCUGUGAUUGACUCCACCAAGCAGAAAGAGAUCGAAAGCCGAGUGGCGGUGCUGCAGCCCCAGUGGUCGUUGGCAGGAUGCAGACCAUAAAGUGUGUGGUGGUGGGAGACGGGGCAGUGGGUAAAACCUGCCUGCUCAUCUCUUAUACAACCAAUGCCUUCCCCGAAGAGUACAUUCCCACAGUGUUUGACAACUACAGCGCUCAGAUGAGCGUGGAUGGCCGCACCGUCAGCCUCAACUUGUGGGACACAGCAGGCCAGGAGGAGUACGACCGCCUGCGUACCCUCUCCUAUCCCCAGACCAACGUUUUCAUCAUAUGUUUUUCCAUUGGCAGCCCCUCCUCCCACGCCAAUGUCAGGCACAAGUGGCACCCUGAGGUGUCCCACCACUGCCCCAACGUGCCUAUCCUCCUGGUGGGCACCAAGAGAGACCUGAGAGGUGAUGCAGAAACGGUGAAGAAGCUAAAGGAGCAGGGUCUGGCCCCUACCACCCAGCAGCAAGGCAACGCCCUGGCCAAGCAGAUUGGGGCUGUUAAAUACAUGGAGUGUUCUGCACUUCUGCAGGAUGGCGUCAGGGAGGUGUUUGCUGAAGCUGUGAGGGCAGUGUUGUAUCCAGUCACGAAAAAGAAUCCCAAGAAGUGUGUGCUGUUGUAAUAAAUAGUUCCCAGAUUUGGACUGUGGAGAAGGAUGAUGGAGGUCCACAGAUGCAACGGAAGGCCGAGGAACAAAGGUUGCCACCUGGCUGCCUCUAUGCCGCCUCCUCUGUUACUCCUCUCUUCCUUAUUCAUCUUCCGGAGGAUCUCACUGUGUUGCCAUCAUCACCAAAGUGACUAUGCCUAAAUGACAAAUGGGCAGCAGACCGUAUCUCCUCUAUUUUUCUUACAUUUUAACUUUUGAUAUUUACACAUUUUCAAUUUAUGUCUGUUGUAGAUUUAUAGCUUCUCUGCUUUGCCUUAUAAAAUUCUUAUCAUGGUUGUCACAAGCCAUAAUAACAUCUAAACCAACCAACCAAGCUACCCUGUUUGACUGGAGAGAAGAGAUCUGCCUUUGUUCAGGUGGAGAACUAAUGACUACCUCAUAUUCUCACCUAGGUUGCAUCUCAUGAGUCUCAAGCAACGUUGCCAUCAAGAUGCUUUGACUUGCCUAUUUAGAUGUAAUGAACAGCCAAGUAGAAGGUGAAAAAGUUUUAAUUUCAAGCAGCUUGAGUCCAGACAAGGUGUGAUGACUCUUGGACAAAUGCCAGUACCCCUUAACCAAAUGCACAGAUGAAAGGUUAAAUUCCCUAGCUGCAAUUCUCCUUGUGCUCAGUCUGGCGUGUUAGAGCUGCCUGGCAGGCUGCCCUUCCAGCAUCCUGCACUGCUCUCUCACUUCCCCGCAUGGAAGAGCCAAUAGGCCUUUGAAGAUAAGCCGGACUCAUUAAAUGCAGCCGACCAUCUGCCCUCUUCAGUAAUAGAGGAGCAGGUUAUCAUAAGGCCUCUGCUAAGUUAACCCACACUGGCCAGGAAGUCAGAUUGUAGUAGAGCUCUCCUCUGUCUACAUCUUAACCCACACCGAGUGCCAUUAAAAACAUGCCUAAGAAUUCCUUUUUGACAGGGUGGAGUCAAGGAGACUGUAUUUUGUCUAAUAUGGUGAAUUUACUCUGUAAAUGAUUUUUUUGUCCUCAGAUGUUUUUAACUUACAAAUGCGGUUAUGGCCAAAGUUGAAUAUAUUUUUUUGUAAUAGCCUAUGUUUAUUUGAUCAAUAAGAUGUAUGUGUGCUGUAGUUAAUACUCAGAUUUUAUAAACCGGAACUCCAUAAUGCUUCCCUUGUCAGUUACUUUAUCGUCUUACAUUUGAGGUCAGCAGACUAUGACCACUGCAGAAUGAUUCAGUGUAGCAUAUAAUACCAGAAUAAGUUUUAACUGGCUUACGCUAGGCUAUAUAUUCUUAUCCUAUAUUGUCUUGGUUAGGUGAUUAUUUCAUCUUGGAGGUGGCAGUGUCACGACUGCCUUGGUAACCACGUAACAGCAGUUUAUCUACAAUAUGAAAGGAGCUUUUUAUUUGGUCAGGUGCCUUAUCUAAACCAAAGACCAGAGCAGCGCUCCUUUGUCCAAUCAAAGGUUCCCCUUAAAGUGCUGCCAGUGCCACGAGACAUUUUAAGUCCAACCAACUCAGUUUCAUUUUUGUAAUUUUUCAGAAUCUUUGUGCCUCAGUUCCUGCCAGUAAAUACUCUCUUCUCGCAGCCUUUUUUUUUUUUUUUUUUGUAAGACACAGGUGCUAAACUGACAUCUUGCACGGCAUGUCUGUGUACGUUUGUGAAAUGGAGCGCUCAUGGCUCACAGCUAUCAACAGAUUGUGGUUUACAUCCCUGCAUUGCAUGUUGCAGUGAGGGCAAAGCACAAGCUCCACUUUCAUACGUUUAGCAAGAGCUGCGUUGGUGGAAUGUGCUUUGUCACAUCUGAGGAUUUUUAGACGUUUUAUAGGAUAUUUUCUGUAACACAAGGUUGCCCGUUUGUGCCUACAGCUGCCAGCAAUAAUAGCAAGCCUUUUUUAACUAUAGUUAUUUUUCAUUUACACCUUUGAGUGGGGUAAGUUGACGUAGACUGGCCUGUGUAAAGUCUAGAAUAACUGCAGCGCAAUACAAGCAGGAGGUUUAGUGCAACAGUGAUGCAGUUUAAGAUCUGCCAAAAGAUGUGUGAAAAUUUCCCAGAUCUGUGUGUGGAGGGUUGAAUGUAAGUGCACAAUAUGUAAAACUGUCAUCUGUGGUGAGCUUGUUUUUUUUUUGUUUUUUUCUUUUUUGCCAUGUCCCGAUUUCACUCAGUUAAUGCUGUUAAAGUGGAACAUACACCUGUGGGCUCUCUGUGUCCUGGAGCUGUAUGCUACCGUGUGCGUGGUACUACGCUUUUACACUGGGAACUUGAUUUGUAGAAAUCUGUAAUUGUUUUAUAAAUAACAAAAGCAUAUUUGUAUAAAUGAACUAACAGUGAGAUGAUUUUAAAUUAUGCCAAAUAAAAUGGUGGUUAAAGCCA